UCCAAAUAUCUUCUUCCCCUGAAGAUAAUAGACAGCUGUUCAGCGACCACAAUCACCGGUAACGGUCCUCUCUAUCUCUCUCCCCACACCAACCCCCCCCGGGUUGCAACCAAUGACAACCCUCACAGACCUCCUUCAUUUCACCUGUAAUAGUGGCCACAGUCUAAUUCCUGCCACGAAUUACCAUAUCCCUGCAAGUUUCUCCAUCUAUAACAGCAAUAAAAAUUGUCCAUUCUCUCCCUCGCGCAGACGUAACAAACUCAAUCGCAGUCGCUGGAAAUUCCAAUGCUCCAUCGCCGAGGAAUCCACAAUUUCUCCUUCCAAAGUCUCUUCGGACUACAGUGGAAAUGGUCAAUCGAUGUUGGACUGCGUUGUCGUCGGCGCCGGUAUCAGCGGCCUAUGCAUUGCCCAGGCUCUCGAGACCAAGCACGCUGGUGUCGCGCCAAAUCUGAUUGUAACGGAGGCCCAAGAUCGAGUUGGCGGCAAUAUAACAACUGUGGCUAGGGACGGCUAUCUCUGGGAAGAAGGUCCCAACAGCUUCCAGCCUUCCGAUCCUAUGCUGACUAUGGUGGUGGAUAGUGGUCUGAAGGAUGAUUUAGUGCUGGGGGACCCCAACGCGCCUCGUUUUGUACUGUGGGAAGGCAAAUUGAGGCCAGUACCAUCUAAGCUCACUGAUUUGCCCUUCUUUGACCUGUUAAGUUUUCCUGGAAAACUCAGGGCCGGCUUUGGUGCCAUUGGUUUUCGUCCUCCUCCACCAGGUCAUGAGGAGUCGGUUGAAGAGUUUAUACGUCGUAAUCUAGGCGAUGAAGUUUUUGAUCGGUUGAUAGAGCCAUUUUGUUCUGGUGUUUAUGCUGGCGAUCCCUCAAAAUUGAGUAUGAAAGCAGCAUUUGGAAAAGUUUGGAAGCUGGAGCAAAAUGGUGGCAGUGUCAUUGGAGGAACCUCUAAAGUAAUUUGGGAGAAGAUCAGGAAUCCAAAGACAGCUCCAAAUCCGCGUUUACCCACACCAAAGGGCCAAACAGUUGGAUCUUUUAGGAAGGGACUGACAAUGUUGCCAGAAGCAAUAUCUAAGAGCUUAGGUAGCAAAGUAAAUUUGUCUUGGAAGCUCUCAAGGAUCACUAAAUUGGAGAAUGGAGGAUAUAGUUUGACAUAUGAUACUCCAGAAGGAUUGGUUUCCUUGCAGAGUAAAAGUGUUGUCAUGACUGUUCCAUCCCACGUGGCCAGCAGUUUAUUACGUCCUCUUUCGGCAGCAGCAGCAAAUGCACUAUCAAAGUUCUAUUACCCACCGGUUGCAGCAGUUUCCAUUUCAUAUCCAAAAGAGGCAAUUCAUGCCGAAUAUUUGAGUGAUGGUGAACUAAAGGGGUUUGGACAGCUGCAUCCUCGCAGUCAAGGGGUGGAAACUUUAGGAACUAUAUACAGCUCAUCACUUUUUCCUAAUCGAGCGCCACCUGGAAGGAUUUUGCUCCUGAAUUACAUUGGCGGGGCCACUAAUCCUGGAAUCUUGUCAAAGACGGAGAGCCAACUUGUGGAAGCAGUUGACCGUGAUCUAAGAAAGAUGCUGAUAAGGUACAGUGCACCAGAUCCACUUGUUUUAGGGGUGCGAAUGUGGCCACAAGCGAUUCCCCAGUUUUUAGUUGGUCAUCUUGAUAUCCUAGAUGCUGCUAAAGCUGCUUUAAAUAAUGGUGGAUUCCAAGGGCUGUUUCUUGGGGGCAACUAUGUAUCUGGUGUAGCCUUGGGUCGAUGUGUGGAGGGUGCUUAUGAAGUUGCAACUGAGGUAACUAAUUUUUUGUCCCAGUGUGUGUACAAAUAAAAUGGCAUUCUGCUUGGAGAUUUAACAAAUUUUCCUUCAACUGGAAAAUGGACAAUGGGGAUUUUUUCUUUUUCCGGUGGUACCCUAAAUUUCUGAGUAGCUUUAAUUUGUGAUGGAGACUUUUGGGUUGGCAACAGCACAGCAGUGGUAGCCUGAUAUGGGUUGAUAGCUAUUGCAGUUGAUAAAAUGGCCACUUGUCAUUUACUUACUUCAGAAGGGGCUCCAGUCUCUAAUAUUUGAACAUGCAUUUGCGACAUUUCAAGUUGAGGUUUUGUAUGCAACGAUUAAGGGUUAUGAGAAUGUAUUGACAGCGAAUAUGGCCUUCAUGUUGAC